AGAAUCACCUCGUCCUCAGACGUGAAGAGACUAAAGAAAUACCAAGAGUCUUCUGUAGGUUAUCAGACAUAUUACAAUGGAGUUGAGUUUUGGAUUACUUCAGACCUGCAGACCUAAGACCUCAUGGAUCAGCUUCAUCUUUCUUUACUCAAUGCUGUGCAUAUGGACGAAUGUAGAAUGCUGGUCCUACUUCUACUCUAACAACAACAACAUGACGUGGCCUCAGGCCCGAGCCUGGUGCCGGGAGCACUACACCGACAUGGUGGCCAUCCAGAACCAGGAGGAGAUCGGGCAUCUCAACAGCUGGCUGCCCAGGAAACGCACCUACUACUGGAUCGGCAUACGCAAGGUCGAGAAUGUCUGGACCUGGGUUGGCACCGGCAAGGCUCUGACGCCAGAAGCAACCAACUGGGCAAAGGGCGAGCCAAACAAUGGCCGACGUGGGAGGAGUAAGCGGGUGAAAGAGGACUGUGUGGAGAUGUACAUUAAAAGUGAUUCGCAGCCGGGAAAAUGGAAUGAUGAGCGCUGCGAAAAGUUGAAGACGGCUCUUUGCUACACAGCGGCCUGUAAGAACGACUCGUGUCGCUAUGGCGACUGUGUGGAAACCAUCAACAGCCAUGAGUGUGCUUGCUUCGAGGGCUUUUACGGAGAGAAGUGCGAGCAAGUUGUCCAGUGUAACAUGGAGGAGGUGACCGUUCCAUAUAAAGGAAGUGUAAAUUGCACUCAUAAGUAUGGGAACUUCUCUUAUGACUCCUCCUGCCAGUAUUCAUGCGAUGAAGGAUACCAGCUGAGUGUGGCAAGGCCCCUGAAGUGCAAUGCCUCCCAGCAGUGGUCCGAGCAGCCUCCUUCAUGUGAAUUGGUCCAGUGUCAGGGGCUGUCAAGUCCAGCAGGAGGAUCCAUGAAGUGCUCCGACCCUCUGGGCAACUCCAGCUACCAGUCCACCUGCGUGUUCACCUGUGACGAAGGCCACGUCCUCGCCGGUUCCCCGUCUAACACCCUGCAAUGUGAAGCCUCAGGGAUGUGGAAUGCUUCGCAGCCGCUUUGUCUCGCUGUCCAGUGCCCCUCUCUCCAGCAGCUGGACAACGGCUUUGUGAACUGUGGGGCCGAUGCAGAUGUGAUGUUCAGCUACGGAAACACCUGCAGCUUCAGCUGUGGCCCCGGGUACCACCUGGUGGGGCCGAGCAAGGCGGCAUGCACGUCAGCAGCUGUGUGGAGUGACAGGAAGCCUCGCUGUGAAGCCAUCACUUGCCAGCUUCCGGAAGUAGGAGCUCACCUCGUCACCGAGUGCAGCCGACCUUUGACUAAACUGCGGCCAAACUCCACCUGCAGCUUCAGCUGUGAAGCCGGCUUUGAACUGCAGGGAGCGCCCAGCACUCAGUGUUCUGAGGGCGGACUGUGGAGUAAAGCCAUACCUACCUGCACAGCAAUAGGAUGUCUCGCUCCUGAGGUCCCAACAAGUGGCCAGAUCAGUUGCAGCCCAGCUCUGUCUUCACCUGUGUUUACUGUGACCCCCCAUCCACUUGGUACGGUCUGCAUUUUCACCUGUGACGAAGGCCACAUCCUCGCCAGUUCCCCGUCUAACACCCUGCAAUGUGAAGCCUCAGGGAUGUGGAAUGCUUCGCAGCCGCUUUGUCUCGCUGUCCAGUGCCCCUCUCUCCAGCAGCUGGACAACGGCUUUGUGAACUGUGGGGCCGAUGCAGAUGUGAUGUUCAGCUACGGAAACAUCUGCAGCUUCAGCUGUGGCCCCGGGUACCACCUGGUGGGGCCGAGCAAGGUGGCAUGCACGUCAGCAGCUGUGUGGAGUGACAGGAAGCCUCGCUGUGAAGCCAUCACUUGCCAGCUUCCGGAAGUAGGAGCUCACCUCGUCACCGAGUGCAGCCGACCUUUGACUAAACUGCGGCCAAACUCCACCUGCAGCUUCAGCUGUGAAGCCGGCUUUGAACUGCAGGGAGCGCCCAGCACUCAGUGUUCUGAGGGCGGACUGUGGAGUAAAGCCAUACCUACCUGCACAGCAAUAGGAUGUCUCGCUCCUGAGGUCCCAACAAGUGGCCAGAUCAGUUGCAGCCCAGCUCUGUCUUCACCUGCGUCUACUGUGACCCCCCAUCCACUUGGUACGGUCUGCAUUUUCACCUGUGACGAAGGCCACGAGCUGCAGGGUGCACUUGGCAUGGAGUGUGCAAAUCCAGGCCAGUGGACCUCCGCACCGCCAAACUGCACAGCAGUGAGAUGCCCGUUGCUCGAGGCUCCUGAAAACGGUGAUAUCAACUGCUCCAACAGUGAGCCAGUGUUCAACUCACAGUGCUCCUUCACAUGCAGUCAGGAUUACUCAUUAGAGGGACAUGAGCUGCUGACCUGUGAUCGUCAUGGCAAUUGGACGAGUGGACAGAAACCCACCUGCCAAGCUCCCCCAUCCCCGGUCACUGCCAUUGCAUCUGGUGUGGCAACAGGGGGCGCUCUGUUGUCUGGGCUGUCUCUCGCUGUGUGGAUCCUGAAACGGCUGAAACAGAGGGCAAACAAGUUUGAGCUUAACAGCAACUCUGACAUAGAGGCCCCUCCACAAGUCUACAAAAACAGUAUUGACAGCCUGAUAUAGAACACAGUCAUAUUCUUCAGAGACAAAUAAUGACAACUAAAUUAAUCAAUAGCAAUAAAUGUAUGUGAGUCAUCAGUCAUAGUUAUGUGAACAAUAUGAAUACAUUACACUCGUAUGAAACUUGUUAAAAGGAAAACUCAACGUGUGAGUGCAAUUUCAUGAUGAGAGAUUGAUAUAUUAUGUGCUGUUGAAUUUCAUGAUUUGCUCUGAUUUUGUAGAGACAUGUACUGUAUUUCCUCCCAAGGGGAGUUAUAUAUUGAACACAUUGUUCUAAAUCUUUACAAAUAUGUUGAAAAGGUGGCUAUAUUUGGGUUAUUGUAAAUAUUAUAUAACACCACGAAUGCCAUGUCGUGCAGAACUGUGAAUAUUCUUAUUCUUAUUUCCGUAUUUAUGUACUAUUUAUGUAACUGAUGGUGAUUGCAUUUGAAAUGCUCAUUCAUAUGUCUGUAUUCUUAAAGCAGCGCUCAUUUAUAUUCAUAAUAAAAUGUGAAACUUUCA